CCUGCACCCAGCGGCUCCUCCGGGACGGGAAGAGGCGGCGGCGGCGGCAGCAGCAGCAGAGACGGCGCCCGGCUUGGGAAGGAGCGAAUGUUGACUUUUCCUCCAUUCUUGAGCCUCUGGGAUUUUCAGUAGCAAUAUGACUUCGUCGAAUGAAUAUGGUUCCAGUUCCUGGGAGCUCAUUGUUGCUAUUGAUCACCAGUGCGGAGGGGAGCAAAAGGAAAGCACCCUCCAAGUAUCAGGAGAUCUUCACAUUGGAGGAGUGAUGCUUAAGCUCGUGGAACAAAUCAGAGUGUCGCAGGACUGGUCAGACUAUGCCCUUUGGUGGGAGCAGAAGCAGUGCUGGCUUCUCAAAACUCACUGGACGCUGGAUAAGUAUGGGGUGCAAGCAGAUGCCAAACUGUUGUUCACUGUCCAGCACAAAAUGUUGCGCCUCCGUCUGCCGAGCAUGAAGACGGUGAGGCUGAACGUCAGCUUCUCGUCCGUGGUCUUCAAGGUAGUUGGAGACAUCUGCAGGACCCUUGGUAUCAGACGGCCAGAAGAACUCUCUCUACUGAGACCAUCGGAAGACGCGAAAAAGAAAAAGAGAAAAGACAAAGACAAAGAACCAGUCAUAGAAGAUAUUUUAAAUCUGAACAACUCUCCUGAUGAGUUUGGGCUUGGCCAGGGCUAA